CUAAGUCCUCUCUCUCCACCAAUCAACGGGGCAGUGUCUUAGCACCCGGCCUUCAUUCCCCCGCCCACCAGCGUAUAUAAACACACUCUACUACUAUUCCACUUCAGUUGUGAGGAAGAUUUUGUGAGGAGCAGGACGACGUUUACACACAAAUACAGAUUAUCAGAGAUCCAAGAUGAAUCCUAAUCAGGGUACCAAUAAGACGGUAUUGGACCGGUAUUUACGGCUUGAUAUACCGGACCAGAAAUGUCAGGCCAUGUAUGUGUGGGUGGACGGUAGCGGCGAGAACCUCCGCUCUAAGACCCGCACCCUCAACUUUGUGCCCAAGUGCCCCAGUGAGUUGCCAAUCUGGAACUUCGACGGGUCAUCAACGGGCCAGGCUGAAGGCAGCAACAGCGACGUGUACUUGUACCCGGUAGCUAUUUAUCGGGAUCCCUUCAGACUGGGUAACAACAAGCUGGUGCUCUGUGAGACCUACAAGUACAACAAGAAGCCAACAGAUACUAACCAGCGCUGGAAAUGCCUGGAAGUGAUGAAGAAAGCCGCGGACCAGCACCCCUGGUUCGGCAUGGAGCAGGAGUACACACUGCUGGACACUGACAAGCAUCCUCUGGGCUGGCCCAAGAAUGGCUACCCGGGACCCCAGGGCCCCUACUACUGCGGUGUUGGGGCCAACAAGGUGUAUGGUAGGGACGUGGUGGAGGCUCACUACAGGGCGUGUCUGUACACAGGAAUCAACAUCUCCGGAGAGAAUGCAGAGGUGAUGCCCGCCCAGUGGGAAUUCCAGGUUGGUCCCUGUGAGGGCAUCACUAUGGGUGACGACCUGUGGAUGGCUCGCUACCUCCUUCACCGUGUUGCCGAGGACUUCAACGUGGUAGUGACCCUGGACCCCAAGCCCAUCCCUGGCGACUGGAAUGGCGCUGGAAUGCACACCAACUUCUCUACUGCAGGUAUGCGAUCACCUAAUGGCAUUCUGGAGAUCGAAAGCGCCAUCGAGAAACUGUCCAAGGUUCACGAUAAGCACAUCCAGGCCUACGACCCUCACGGAGGCAAGGACAACGAGAGACGUCUUACAGGCCGCCACGAGACCUCCUCCAUCCACGACUUCUCAGCGGGCGUGGCCAACAGAGGCGCCUCCAUCAGGAUCCCCAGAGGCGUGGCUGAGGAGAAGACCGGCUACCUGGAGGACCGUCGACCAUCGUCCAACGCUGAUCCUUACGUCGUGUCCGACAGAUUAGUUCGCACCAUCUGUCUCAACGAGCAGUAAGAAAUACUCACUGAGAAAGUCAUCGCCUUUCAUCAUUACUUCACGAGCAUUUCUGCCGACUCUCCAAGACUGAUGUGAUGUGCUGAAAUUCAGAUCUGUUAUUGCCUCGUAUAUGGCUAAUGUGAGCACCAGGGCCGCUGGCAGCGGCACGUGGCCACACGCAGUGAUGAGAGGAAAAACAUUUAGUUGGAAGGAAUGAACAUUGUGGUGUAGUGCCUCUUGUGGCCUACAGAAUCCCACACUCUUUCUAACUUUAAAACAUAUCACAAAAAUAAUCAUCGAGUUAUUUGUUGCAGUUCAACUGUACUGACGCCUGUAAUUAUCUUAUGAUAAAGAUUAUUUAUUAUCUGACUACAGUCAAGUUGUCUAUAACUGUUUUGUACCCGAGGUAAACAUUGUAUAAAUAUUUUAAACACACAACACAGACAUACACAAAACAUGCACACAGGUACACACACAUGUAUAUUUACAUUCCAAUGUGUUUGUUAUUAUCUGCGGUCGCUAUAGGUAAGGCUCUUGCCACAGCCUCGCGGUAAAGAGACGAUGAUAUAGUUGCCAGCACAGAUACCAGCAAGCGGCUACAUAAAGUACUCUAAAACAAACUCAACAACAACACUAAAAUAUUUGUCAUUAUUAGAGUACUUGUAUGAAGGAGUUAACUUUGACUCUGGUACUCCCACAGUUACAAUGGUAUUUUAAGCUCCAAAUACAUCCUUAUUUAUUUGGUAUUGCAUAACCACAUGAAGCCGUAAAUUUACUUUUAUAUGUAUCAGUAAGUUGGUUGUAUAUAAUAAAAUAUGUUCUUAAUAAAAAAAUACAGAUUCUU